CUAGUCGUAUAUCUAUAGUCAAUUUCAUUUUAUUCCAAGCAUACCUUCGUUCUAGCCACACAACUACAUGGAUACAACACUUAGUGACCUGCCAUUGUUAUGACUAUGGGAGUCUGGUAUAUAUCGAGUGGAUAUUUUAAUAUAACACAAAGAAAACUAUUUUAUAUUACCGUAUGUUUACUGCUAUAUGCAGCCAUCCAAUUAGUCUAUGAAGACCACCUUGAAUUUCGUGAGUACCGGAAGUCGAACUUUGGGAAUAUGCCAGAGAUUGGAAUCAUCACCAAAGAUCAAAAACCAAGUUGUAAUAUAGGGUUUCGAAAUGAUACACCCGAAAACGCACCGCUGGUGGCGCUUUCCAGCUUUCCCGGAUCCGGAAACACGUGGACACGCCAUCUUCUUGAAGUUGCGUCUGGCAUUUACACGGGGUCAUUUUAUCAUGAUGCUGCUUUGUACGAACAAGGAUUUCUUGGUGAAUUGGGUGACUUCACUUCAAGACGGACUAUCGCUGUGAAAAUCCAUCACUGUCGUAAGAAAGACUUUGGAGCAGUGAUAUUACUCAUUCGCAAUCCAUACGACGCGUUCAUCUCUGAAUAUAAAAGAAUUGCCAGCAACAGAGACCACACGGGGGACGUUCCAAUCGAAUUCUUUCAUAAUAACCUACAGUGGCGGGAUUUUGUUUUAUCUAGUAUUGAAAAGUGGACCAGAUUAGUUAUGGCCUGGCAUGACCUCAAGGUACCGAUACUGGUGGUCCACUACGAAGAGCUGAAACGAAGCGCCGUCAUAGAGGUUGCGAGGAUGUUGAUUUUUCUCAACCGCACCGUGGAGCCGGAGAGACUUGAAUGCGUGCAACAGAACCUCGAAGGCAGCUUUCACAGAAAAGCAAAGAAAGAUUUCUAUUUUGAUCCUUUUACUAAAGAAAUGCGUGACAGUGUGGACAGAAACAUACGUAAAGUAAAUGAACUGUUAAUAAACAAGGGUCAGAAAAUUGUUCAGCAAUCGUCCUUGCAUUUAGAAAUUCGGUAA